AUGGAGCGACCGACUCUCAGAUGGGGCAUCAUUGGCACCGGCCUCAUCUCAUCCUGGUUUGUCGCGGAUCUGCUUCUCCAACGGGACGAUGCAAAGGCAACUCACAUCAUCCAAGCCAUCGGUGCGUCGUCGGAGGCAAAGGCAAAGGCAUUUGCGCAGAGGCAUGCCCCGGGGACCAACGCCUCUGUCUAUGGGUCCUACGAUGCCGUCUACGCGGAUCCCUUGGUGGACAUUGUGUACAUCGGCACGCCCCAUGCCUUUCACAAGGAAGCGUGCCUGAAGGCCGUCGCCCACGGUAAACACGUUCUCUGUGAGAAGCCGUUCACGUUGAACUGUCGCGAGGCCGACGAAGUCUUCGAGGCCGCUCGAACCAAAGGCGUCUUCGUGAUGGAAGCUGUCUGGACCCGAUUCAUGCCCCUGGUCCAGCACCUUCUCGAACUGAUCCACCAUGAGAAGGUCAUCGGUGACGUUCACCGGAUCUUCUGCGACUUUGGCCUCCCGAUCGACGUUGCGAAUCUCCCGGCCACUUCCCGUCUCAAGAACCCGGAGCUGGGCGCCGGAUCCCUCCUCGACAUCGGGAUCUACUCGCUCACAUGGGGAUUACUUGUCCUGGACGACCGCAUCGCGGGCGAGGCUUCGACCCCACAGGUCUUUUCGGCCCAGAGCAUCAGCGACGACAUCGACAUCGCAACGGCCGUCAUCCUCUACUACCCACAGACCGGACGUCAGGGGAUCCUCACCUCGACGCUGCGCGUCAAGACGGAGUCUGUGUUUGCCCGCAUUGAGGGAUCAGAAGGAACGAUCACGAUCGAGGGAGUCGCCGCAUCGGCGCCCAGCCAGUUCACCGUCAUUCCCCGAGAUCCUACUGCGCAGCCCAAGGUGUACCGCUUCCCGCACAUCGGCAAAGGAUUCUUCUACGAAGCCGACGCAGUCGCGCAGGACAUCGCCGCGGGGAGGGUGGAGAAUGCGGUGAUGCCCUGGGGAGAGACGAGGCGGGUGAUGGCGCUGAUGGAUGGCAUCCGGAAGAGAGGAGGGGCGCAUUUCCCGCAAGAUCGGACUGACUGA